AUGCCCAUCAUUGGUUCUCCCUCUGUUACUGGCGGUGUUUUAAGAUCAGAGGGUGAGGAUUCCCCUCUCGCUCAUGAACCAUGCACUGCUUCUGGACCACAGCACUCUUACAAACGCUCAUUCACUGCCUUUUCUUCAAUAUACGGAUAUUUGAUAAAGCCGCAGCGUUCAGCAUUAAGCAAAAAUGAUGGACCUGCACCCAUGGAGGAAAGUCUGACUCUAGGGAUUGUGAGUAAACUGGAGCCAGAUGAGUUUAACACAUGGCUGGGGGACAGUAGGGAGGGGACGGAGGAGCUCCACCCGGAUGAAGUGGCUCAAUGGUGGGGUGAAUGGAGCAGCUGGUCAACCUGUAGCUGGACAUGCGGAGGAGGCGUUCGCUCACAGGAGCGCCACUGUCUGCAGCAGAGGCUCACUACCACACACAACAUUAACAGUUCCUUCUGUGCUGGAUCGCCUAAGCAGUAUCAGUUGUGUACUAACCAGCCGUGCCCCAACAGCAGAAUCGGCUUCAAACAGCACCAGUGCUCCCAGUUCAACGCCAAAGCCUUCAGCAGGAAGCACUACGAGUGGGUUCCCCUCUAUCCAGAUGAUUACAUCAGCAUUUCCAGCAAGCCGUGUGACCUGCAGUGCACCACCACCACGGGAGAGAGACAGCUAUUGGUUCCGGCACACGAUGGGACCUUUUGCAGGAAUGGUGCCUACAAGGGCGUUUGCAUAGAGGGCCAGUGCCAGGUGGUGGGGUGUGAUGGGAAACUGUACUCCAGUAAAUCUAUAGAUAAAUGUGGCGUCUGCGGUGGAAACGGUGACACCUGCUACCGGAUCUCAGGAUCUUACCGGAAAGGGAUCACACAGUUAGGCUAUGCCUUUAUAACUAAUAUACCUGUCGGAGCCACGGACAUCCAGAUCGUCGAGCGGCGAAAGACUGAAAACAUCUUGGCGCUGUCUGAUGAAGCUGGCCACUUCUUCUUUAAUGGCAACACUGUACUCGACAACCCACGCAACUUCCCCAUAGCAGGAACAGUGUUUAAAUACCGGAGGCCAGUUAACCUCUUCUCAGAUGGCUUUGAGUACAUCAUGGCCCAGGGUCCUACCCAGCAGGGCCUGAACGUCAUGUAUUACAACCUUAAUGGAAAGAUGCCUCACAUCACGUACGAGUACACGGUGCCUCGCGUGUCCUCCACCGCAGCAUCGUCCACCCAGGAGCAGCCUCCACUGGCCAGCAUGAUUGCCAACGCUUCCUAUACACAACUCCCCAUCACCGGGAAUGAGGUAGAGGCUCGCAACGAGGACCGAGAGGACGAGAAGAACCAGAGUACACCUUUGGAUCAUAAGGGGAGCAUGGAGGCACAUGGAGAUGUUCGGUGGGAGCACCAGGCUCCUUGUAACCUCAGUGAAAAACCUGAAGCGCUGCAACUUAGAGCAUCUGGAGAGGUUCUCCAUAAUGAGCUGGGAAAGAAUGGUGGCUUUGGCUCCAAAUUUAACCUGAUUGACGGCGAAUCUUCUAGUGUGACUAAUGAAACACAGCCCGUGACAACGAGUGCAAAGAGCAAGCUGUAUAAGUGUGCAGAGGGUACAUCCAUCUCCGCCUGCUCCACGCUGAAGCUGAACUCAAGCUCCUCCAUGAAGAACAACCUGGCUCUGCAGAUCCACACAACAACCCAGAGAGAGCCUGAGGCGAACAGCACCACACAGCACAGAGCUCAACUCCUCCCGCUCCAGCAGGGGGCACCAGAGCACCUCCCACUCACUGACAGUAAUGAGUUUGAGGUGGUGUCUCUCGACCACGAUGUCAGUCUGGCAGGCGUGUACAGAUGGAAGGUAUCUGCGUACGCACCCUGCAGUUCAACUUGUACCACAGGUAUCAGCACAGCAUAUGCUUUGUGUGUAAGAUAUGACGGUUCUGAGGUUGAUGAGAGUUACUGUGAUUCUUUGACUCGACCUGAGCCCACGUACGAGUUCUGCACAGGCAGAGAGUGUCUGCCCAGGUGGGAGACGAGCCGCUGGAGCGAGUGCUCUCGGACAUGUGGUGAGGGUUUUCAGUUUCGGACGGUGCGCUGCUGGAAGAUGAUGGCACCAGGCUUCGACAGCUCUGUGUAUGACGAUCUGUGCCACGCUGCCGAGCUGCACAAGCCCAUGGCACGCAAAUCCUGCAGGAGCAAAUCCUGUGGCCCUCAGUGGGAGGUGUCGGACUGGUCUGAGUGCUCAGCACGGUGUGGGCGACGUGGUGUGAGGAGCAGGGAGGUGCGGUGCUCCAUGGAUGCUCACCUGUGUAACGAGUCCACACGGCCCAUCAAUCAAAGGGAGUGUGAUGGACCGCCAUGUGACCGCAGGUGGAUUGUGUCGGACUGGGGCCCGUGCUCAGGGCCAUGUGGAGAAGGCCGCAUGAUGCGUUACGUGGUGUGUAAGAGCGGGAAUGGGAAGGUGAUCUCUGAUGGUCACUGUGAUCGGGAGCUGAAGCCCCUCGCCGUGCAGCCGUGUGGAGCCCCAAACUGCCCCGCACACUGGGUGGAGCAGGAGUGGGAACAGUGUAAUGCAACGUGUGGGCGCGGAGUAAAGAGCAGACAGGUGGUGUGUGCCGGGCUCGAAGUAAGUGUGUUUAAGGAGUUUCCUGAUCAUGUGUGCGCUCGCUCGCUCAAACCCGAGGAGAGAGCCGCAUGCUUCGAGAAGCCUUGCUCCAAAUGGUUCACCACCUCCUGGUCUCAGUGCAGUAAGACAUGUGGGAGCGGUGCGAGAGUGAGGGAAGUGAGGUGUUACCAGGGAGAGGAGAUCGGCCAGGGCUGUGACUCCACACUGAAACCCCAGGCCAGACAGAGCUGUGAGGUACAGGCUUGUUCUACUGAGGCACCAGCAGAGGAUGUUUGUGAGGACAAAGCGACAGCAAACUGUGCGCUGGUGUUGAAAGUCAAGCUCUGCACACACUGGUACUACAGGAAGGCCUGCUGUCUGUCCUGCAAGACCAAAGGUCACUAAAGAGCUGCUGAACCCUAACUGGGCCAUUCCACUCAAUGUGAAGAACCCCAGAUAUACACACACACAUACACUGUAACCCUGUGACCCUAACCUGUUACCCCAAAAUCUACACCCAAAAAAAAAAAAAAAAAAGACACCCUAGCUGGUUACCUACAGCUAC